CCCUCUUCUUCCAUGAACACCCCCCCUCAACAAAAGGAAACUCAUUCACCUUCUUCUCUCUCUCUCUCUCUCUCUUGGUCUCAUACACCACCUUCCAUUUUCCUCCUCCAACUCCAACCCCUGCUUCUCUUAUUUAUAUAUACAUACAUACAUACAUAUAUAUAUAUAUACACAUAUAUAUAUAUAUAUAUAUAUUUCUCAUUCCCCGUCUUCUGAGAGUGAUGGGUGUUUGCUACCGUUGUUCCCACACCUCGCACAUCACCGCCAUCAUCAUCACCAGCUUCUUUCGCCACAAGCCUUAGAAUUAUACUAUUAUCAUUCACUCACACCCUCCUCCUCCUCCCCCUUAUUUCAACAACAACCGUUGACCACAUCACAAUCACAAUCACAUUGUCUUCCUCUGAGGAUCCAACCUUCUUCACAUGGCGGGUGGGAGCGUCUUCUGCUCCACUUCUUCUUCUUCUUCUAAUUUAACAACAACCACUCAGCCUCCUCUCGAUUCUCUUUUCCUCUCUGCCUCUUCCCCUUUCCUCGGUUCAAGAUCUAUAGUGAGUUUUGGAGAUGUUCAAGGAGGGAAGGGGUGCAAUGACUCGUUCUUCAGUUCCUACGAUGAGCAUGGGGAUCAUGAGGACAUGGACGAGUACUUCCACCAGCCAGAGAAGAAGCGCAGGCUCUCGGUAGAGCAAGUGCGGUUUCUUGAGAAGAGCUUUGAUGAGGAGAACAAGCUCGAACCUGAGAGGAAGAUUCGGCUAGCCAAGGAACUCGGCUUGCAGCCGAGGCAGGUGGCGAUUUGGUUUCAGAACCGCCGCGCGCGGUGGAAGACCAAGCAGAUGGAAAAGGACUAUGAUUCCCUGCAGGCUAGCUACAAUGAUCUCAAGGCCAAUUAUGACAACCUUCUCAGGGAAAAGGUUAAGCUCAAAGCUGAGGUGGCAAGGCUCACUGAGAAGGUGCUUGGAAGAAAGAAAAAUGAGGGGAACUUGGAACAGGCUGAAACCAACGGAUUGCAGGAGCCACUGCAGAAGUCUUUGGCUGAUUCAGCCUCAGAGGGUGAAGGGUCCAAAGUGUCUAUUGGGGCUUGUAAACAGGAGGACAUUAAUUCAGCCAAGAGUGACAUAUUUGAUUCAUCAGAAAGCCCACAUUGCACUGAUGGAAUCCACUCUGCACUUCUAGAGACAGGUGACUCUUCUUAUGUGUUUGAACCUGAUCAAUCGGAUGUGUCUCAGGAUGAAGAAGAUAACCUGAGCAAGACCCUUUUGCCUCAUUACAUCUUUCCCAAACUUGAAGAUGUUGAUUACUCCGACCUGCCUCAUGGUUCAUGUAAUUUUGGAAUUCCGGAGGAGGAUCAAGCCAUUUGGUCUUGGCCUUACUGAAUUUUCUGUAGUAGUAUACAAUAUGUCUCUACCUUCUACUCUCAGGUUCUACUGUUUAGACUUGAGUUGAGAUCAUGUGUACAUGGGUGAGUGAAUAAUAAUACUAAGCCAAAGAAAAAAUGGCACUCUACGGGUUUGUUCCCAAAUGGUGGUUUCUUGCCAGUUUUUUUUUUUUUACUUUGCAAUGUAACUUUUGGUUCACAAUGUAAUUAAAUAAUAUGUUCUUGUUGAGGAUGUA